GGCAGCGCAGGCGGUGCAGCUCGGCCGGCUUGCUGUUCCUCUCCUUUUCUCUCGCAGCAUCUUCCUGGGAGCUUGUAGGUGAAACAGCCCAGCAGCAUCCAUGGCCUAUCUUUGGGGUUAACACUUGUCUCCUUUGGCUUCAGCAGCGGACAGAGCAGAUCUCUCGGCGGCAGCAGCAUUGUGAGGACUAAGCUGGGACCUGGAAUCGUAUCCUCCUGUAUUUUUUCAGACUCUUUGGAAAUUAAGGAAUGCAAUUCUGCCACCAUGAUGGAAGGAUUGAAAAAACGUACAAGGAAGGCCUUUGGAAUACGGAAGAAAGAAAAGGACACUGAUUCCACAGGUUCACCAGAUAGAGAUGGAAUUAAGAAAAGCAAUGGGGCACCAAAUGGAUUUUAUGCGGAAAUUGAUUGGGAAAGAUAUAACUCGCCUGAGCUGGAUGAAGAAGGCUACAGCAUCAGACCUGAGGAACCCGGCUCUACCAAAGGAAAGCACUUUUACUCUUCCAGCGAAUCGGAAGAGGAAGAAGAAUCACACAAGAAGUUUAAUAUCAAGAUUAAGCCAUUGCAAGCUAAAGACAUUCUUAAGAACGCUGCAACUGUAGAUGAACUGAAGGCAUCAAUAGGCAACAUUGCACUUUCCCCAUCACCAGUGAGGAAAAGUCCGAGGCGCAGCCCGGGUGCAAUUAAAAGGAACUUAUCCAGUGAAGAAGUAGCAAGACCCAGGCGUUCCACACCAACUCCGGAACUCAUAAGCAAAAAACCUCCAGAUGACACCACGGCGCUUGCUCCCCUCUUUGGCCCACCGUUAGAAUCAGCUUUUGAUGAACAGAAGACAGAAAUUCUUUUAGAUCAGCCUGAGAUAUGGGGUUCAGGCCAACCAAUUAAUCCAAGCACGGAGUCGCCAAAGUUAACAAGGCCUUUUCCCACUGGAACACCUCCACCACUGCCUCCAAAAAACGUACCAGCCACCCCACCCCGAACAGGUUCCCCCUUAACAAUUGGACCAGGAAAUGACCAGUCAGCCACAGAGGUCAAAAUUGAAAAACUACCAUCAAUCAAUGACCUGGACAGCAUUUUUGGCCCAGUGUUGUCCCCCAAGUCCGUUGCUGUUAAUGCUGAAGAAAAGUGGGUCCAUUUUUCUGACACAUCCCCGGAACGUGUUACUCCAGAGUUGACUCCAAGGGAACAGGGGGUGUCCCCACCAGCUGCCUCAGACAACCCAGCUGACUCCCCACCUCCAGGCCCCCCGGGCCCUUCUGGCCCUCCAGGCCCCCCAGGGCCUCCGGGUCCUCCUCGCAAUGUACCAUCGCCACUCAAUUUAGAAGAAGUCCAGAAGAAAGUCGCUGAACAGACCUUCAUUAAAGACGAUUACUUAGAAACAAUCUCAUCUCCUAAAGAUUUUGGGUUGGGACAGAGAGCAACUCCGCCUCCCCCACCACCACCCACCUACAGGACUGUGGUUUCGUCCCCCGGACCUGGCUCAGGCAGUGGUACGGGGACCACCAGUGGUGCAUCAUCCCCUGCUCGGCCAGCCACCCCUUUGGUUCCUUGCAGCAGCACAACCCCACCUCCACCUCCUCCCCGGCCUCCAUCUCGGCCAAAGCUACCUCCAGGGAAGCCUGGAGUCGGAGAUGUGCCCCGACCUUUCAGCCCUCCCAUCCAUUCUUCCAGCCCUCCUCCGAUAGCACCCCUAGCCCGGGCUGAAAGCACUUCUUCAAUAUCGUCCACCAAUUCCUUGAGUGCAGCCACCACUCCCACAGUUGGUUCUUCCAGGGGACCCAGCCCCCUAACCAUGGGAGCCCAGGACACCCUCCCUGUUGCAGCAGCAUUUACAGAAACGGUCAAUGCCUACUUCAAAGGAGCAGAUCCAAGCAAAUGUAUCGUGAAGAUUACUGGAGAAAUGGUGUUGUCCUUUCCUGCCGGCAUCACCAGACACUUUGCCAACAACCCGUCGCCAGCUGCUCUGACUUUUCGGGUGAUAAAUUUCAGCAGGUUAGAACACGUCCUGCCAAAUCCCCAACUUCUCUGCUGUGAUAAUACCCAAAAUGAUGCCAAUACCAAGGAAUUCUGGGUAAACAUGCCAAAUUUGAUGACUCACUUAAAGAAAGUGUCAGAACAAAAACCCCAGGCUACAUAUUAUAAUGUGGACAUGCUCAAAUAUCAGGUGUCAGCCCAGGGCAUUCAGUCCACGCCUCUGAACCUGGCAGUGAACUGGCGAUGUGAGCUGGCAAGCACCGAUCUGCGCAUAGAUUACAAAUACAACACAGAUGCAAUGACAACGGCCGUGGCCCUCAACAAUGUGCAGUUCCUGGUCCCUGUAGAUGGAGGGGUAACCAAGCUCCAGGCUGUGCUCCCACCAGCAGUCUGGAAUGCUGAACAACAAAGAAUAUUGUGGAAGAUUCCUGAUAUUUCUCAGAAGUCAGAAAACGGAGGGGUGGGUUCUUUAUUGGCAAGAUUUCAGUUAUCUGAAGGCCCAAGCAAACCUUCCCCGUUGGUUGUGCAGUUUACAAGUGAAGGAAGCACCCUUUCUGGCUGUGACAUUGAACUUGUUGGAGCAGGGUAUAGAUUUUCACUCAUCAAGAAAAGGUUUGCCGCAGGAAAAUACUUGGCAGAUAACUAAUAAAAUCUUAUGCAAGGAUUUGGAAGAUUCUUAUAAUGGAGAACUAUUGUAUGAGAAACAGGUUUUAAUUUUGGUUUGAUGAAAACAAACCAAAAUCUGCACUUGGGAUUUAUCUGCUGGAAACGUCAAUGACUUUCAGCAAUGAUUUCCCUCACACAAUACUAUGAUGACCAGUCCCACAGUAUUUACUUCUAGGUGUACUAUUGUUAAUGGUUUUAAAAUGUAAUUAUUGUAUUUGUAAAUUGUAUUCAUUCCAGUAAGGCAGUUAGAUACUUGAGUUUUAGCAUUUUACCAUUCCUGAAAUGGAUGUAAUUUAAACUGUGGUAUGUAAAUUGAAUAGUAGUCCUGUUGAAUGGCACAAUGCUUACAGAGGUAGAUUGCAUUUUGUCAAUAUAUACCAUUUAAAUGUAAUAUUGAUAGCCGUCAUAAGGGGGCGCCACGCACAAAGAAGAUCCAGUGGAACCAGAAAAAAACUUCCUUUUCUUCAGUCCUUAGUAUGUUUUACUCUAGUGCUAAAUAAAAAUUCUAUCUUCAAGUGUUUAGUGGGUUAAAUUCAGAAACUAUUUCAGAAAAAAAAAAUUCUAA